CCGGGGAGCCGGUCCACGGCGAGCCCGCCGGCAGCUGGGGCUGGCGCUGGGGAGCCGGUGGCAGGUCCCCCCCCGCCCGCUGCGCGCCCGCUCUCCAUGCGAGCCGCGGCCAAAUGGAUGCGAUUGCGAGCGGCGGCCUCAAGAGGAAGUUCGAGGAUGCGGACGUGGGCUCCCCGGCCUCCAACUCGGACGAUGAAAUCUCCAACAGCGACAGCGCCGACAGCUGCGACAGCGUCAACCCCUCCAGCUCCACCGGCUUCAUACCCACCUCCAUCCUGAAGAGGCAGAAGCAGCUGCGCAGGAAGAAUGUGCGCUUCGACCAGGUGACGGUGUACUACUUCGCCCGGCGCCAGGGCUUCACCAGCGUGCCCAGCCAGGGCGGCAGCUCCCUGGGCAUGGCGCAGCGCCACAACUCGGUGCGCCGCUACACGCUCUGCGAGUUCGCGCAGGAGCAGGAGGUGAACCACCGGGAGAUCCUGCGGGAGCACCUCAAGGAGGAGAAGCUUCACGCCAAGAAAAUGAAGCUCACCAAGAACGGCACGGUGGAGUCCGAGGAGGCGGAGGGGCUGACGCUGGAGGACGUCUCAGACGACGACAUCGACGUGGAGAACGUGGAGGUGGAUGACUACUUCUUCCUGCAGCCCCUGCCCACCAAGCGGCGCCGGGCACUGCUCCGCGCCUCCGGCGUGCACCGCAUCGACGCCGAGGAGAAGCAGGAGCUGCGGGCCAUCCGCCUGUCACGGGAGGAGUGCGGCUGCGACUGCCGCCUCUACUGCGACCCCGAGGCCUGCGCCUGCAGCCAGGCGGGCAUCAAAUGCCAGGUGGACCGCAUGUCCUUCCCCUGCGGCUGCUCGCGGGACGGCUGCGGGAACAUGGCCGGCCGCAUCGAAUUCAACCCCAUCCGGGUGCGGACUCACUACCUCCACACCAUCAUGAAGCUGGAGCUGGAGAACAAGCGCCAGGGAGCCCGGCCCGCCGAGGAGGAGGCGGCGGCAGCGGCGGCGGUGGCAGCAGCACAGGGCUCCGGCAGCGCCUGGCCGGGGACGCAGCCGCCGGAGACGCAGGACUUCCAGGAGUUCAUGGCGGAGAACGAGACGGCCGUCAUGCACCUGCAGACGGCAGAGGAGCUGGAGAGGCUGAAGGCCGAGGAAGACUCGAGCAGCAGCUCCGGCGUGGAGAGCUUGGGCGUCUGCAUCCUGGAGGAGCCCCUGGCUGUGCCGGAGGGUUUGUGCCCCGGCCUCGCCGCCCCCAUCCUCAUCCAAGCCCAGCUGCCGCCGGGAUCCUCCGUCCUCUGCUUUGCCGACGGCACCGAGCAGGCGGCGGCGGGCAACCAGCCCUACCUGAACGGUGGCCCGGUGGUCUACUACCAGGUGGAGCAGCGCACCGUGCUGGGCACCAAGGGCGAGAGCGGCCCCGAGGAGCUGGAGGUGCCCCCGACGUACCCGAGCGAGAAGGACCUGAGCGUCAUCUCCGUCCCCGUGGCGUCGCUGGUGACUUGCGGCCGAGCCACCGCUGCUCCAAGCAAGGGAGAAGCGGCAAAAGCCCCGGCUCCGGAGGCUGCAGCCGCUGGUGAGGGCUGCCGUGCGGCGCCCGCCGCUCCCUCCUGCACAAACUCUCCGUCCCCUGCACCGGAGCAAGCCCCGGAGCGAGCGCGGGAGCUGCCCGACGCCGAGGAGCGCGCGCUGGGAGCCGCCCUGCCCGUCUGAGCAGCCGCGGGCGCCCCUUCCUCUAUUUAUUGACGAUUAUUUGACGGACCAGCAGCGGCCACGCGAGGUUAUUUAAUUGC